UGCACACACAUAGCCAUCGGCAUCUGAAGGUCGACUUCGGGUGUCCGGGUAUAUAAGGCCCGACUCUAGGCAAUCGUACUCACUGACUUACUUGCUCUUCAGCUUUCUAGCUGCAUUCUCACUGCUACAUCUUGUAUACGAUAGUGUCGUGAAGUUACUGCGGUUUCAUAGGUGCAGCAGAAGUGUAGAGGCAGGUGAGGUGAUCAUUGGGUCACUCAUUGAUCAUACCAGGACUUGUAGUGACAGAUUCAGAUCUGCAAAUCAAGGAACUUUGGGAGAAACCCGGAUUCUGAAGGGGAGUUGGAACCCUGUUCGUGACUUAGUUCCCGGCACGUCUGAAUCUUGAUCUCAAAUGUACAAUGGCCACAACUCGCCCCACUGAAGUUGUUCGAAAGGCAAUCGUCGAGCAGCUGGAAAUUGAACUUUUCUAACGUGAAUUUUAUUUGAAAGUGCGCAUCUCCAACAUCCAGGCUUUCUUGCAAACUACCUGCAGAUAUGGCCACCACUUCGACCAGCGUCAGGCGGUUUACUUUACUGCUGUUCGCUCUGCUUGCUCAACUGUCGGUGACGGUCACAGCAGGGCUCACUGGAGGCAUCAUCCGUCGCAAGGGCACUGCCUUCGUGGACUCCGCAGGAAACCCAUUCCUGGUCCAUGGAUGCAACUUCUACUGGUUGAUGUACCAGGGUGCAUCACCUGCUAGUCGUCCGAUGGUGGACAAAGUAUUCCAGGAUGCCCAAACGCUGGGACUCAACGUUGGGCGCACCUGGGCUUUCUCUGAUGGUGGCGACAGAGCUCUUCAGAUUUCUCCUGGAGUUUACGACGAGAACGUCUUCAAGGCAUUGGAUUACGCCGUAUACCAAGCUCAGAAGCACAACAUGAGACUUGUGAUGAGUCUGGUCAACAACUACGAUUCUUACGGAGGAAAGCCGCAAUACGCUAUCUGGGGGCGCCAGAAAGGCUUGAAUUUGGCGAACGAUGAUGCGUUUUACACCAACGCCAUGCUUCGAACGUGGUACAAGAAUCACGUCAAGAAAGUGUUGACGAGAGUGAACACCUACACCGGAGUGGCAUACAAGGACGAUCCCACCAUCUUCGCCUGGGAGCUUAUGAACGAGCCCCAUUGCGAGACCGACCCCAGUGGCAACACUAUCGCGGCUUGGGUGAAGGAAAUGGCUGCUUAUCUUAAGUCGAUCGACAGUAAGCACCUUCUCGAGAUCGGGCUGGAAGGAUUCUACGGCGCGAGCACGGCCGCAACCCGCAGGUGGGCCAACCCCUUCGAGUCCGACGGUGCGGGAACCGACUUCAUUCGCCUGAACAAAAUUGCCAACGUCGACUACGCCACAGUCCACUCCUACCCGGACCUCUGGCUGCCGUCGUGGACCAACGCCGCGAAGCUGACGUUCCUGCAGAUCUGGGUGAACAUUCACAUCAAGGACGCAACGAACAUCCUCAACAUGCCCGUGCUGUUCUGCGAGUUCGGUAAGAACAGCCGCGUGCCGGGCUUCGUGCCCGCGCAGCGGCAGCAGUUUUUCUGGACCGUCUACAACAGCGUCUUCUCUUCCAUCAGCAAGGGCGGCGGCGGCGCUGGCUCCAUGCUCUGGCAACUUCUGCCCAAGGGCAUGGAGGCGUGGGACGACGGCUUCGCCAUCUAUGCCAGCGACUCCUCCACGUCCAGCAUCAUCGACGUCCAGACCUCGCGCCUCAGCAAGGCCCGGGCCACUCUCAUGGCCGCCGCCGCCGACAAGCCCAAGUACAGGCGACUGCUGCUCUAGUCAGCGCCGCCCCCCUCCCUCCCCUCUCCGUCGAUCCAGCUCUCCGUCGGUCCCCCACGCUUUCGGGGGACCUUGAGAGAGAGCGCAAACCAUGGAAAAACAUCGUGCCCCAUUCUUUUCAGCUUUCCGUCGGGAGCGGCCUCGAUGGCUCACCUUCAGAGAAAGCGCCAAACUCUGUAAACAGUUCGCCUUUUCCUUCCGUCCCCAUUCCUGCUUCCCUUCGGCCUCGCCCGAAAGUGAGAGCGCACCCGUAGCCAGUCUAGAGCCAGUCGGAAGAAUCGUAGGCCAGUUUGUCGACUAGAAUUCUUUCAGCUCUCCUCCUCGACCGGACCCUUGCAGACUUGUCGAGGGCGAGUGUGCCACGUUAGUGAACACUAAGGGAACUCUCUGUGUGUGCUUGUGUGUGUGAGGGGACGACGUCCCAAAUUCAAUGUCAUUACAGAUAGGGGUACGAUUCUGACAGAAUUGACGACCCCGUACACGUCACAUUGAGUUAGUCCAGUCUCUGCUUUCCUUCGGGAGGCAGUCACCGUAUAAACCUGUGACUAGAUAGAUAGAUAGAUAGACUGAUAGAUAGUUAGAUGGAUAGAUUGACAAUGUCCGAUUAUCUUCCUAACUGAUCGAGUCCGUCAGUUGUAGUGCGAAGAAUCAGCUGGAGAAAUAACGCAUCUGGAGUAAAUCCGAUCGAUGUGAUCUGCUCUACAGUGUGGGGCAGCAGCUCGGUUCGUAAAAUCAUUAUCUCAACCUCAUCGAAUAAGUGGCUCCAGAUCUAGAAGCCAUGACCUUUCCUAGUGUCAUGGGAUAUCGCCUCCAGGUUAGCUCCGGAUAGAGAGUAGCCUAGGACCUUAGCGAGCAUGUAAAUCUCAUCUGUUCUACGAAUAAUUUCUUAUAAAUCGCACGAUAUGUGCAUAUUUCCCGG